AGCAUUCGAUUCCUCAUCUUGUUCAAGAAACCGAAAAUUUCUUCUUCUCCUUCUUCUUCCUCGCCUGAAAAUUUUCCCACGUUACAAAUUCAAAAAUGGGUGUCUUCAUUCGCCAUAAUCAAUCUUCACCGGUGGUUCAAUCUCACCAUCGGAUGCACAAAUUCUUCUUAAUCUGCAACUACAUUCUACUAAGUGCGGCCUCCAGUUGCAUCUUCCUUACACUCUCUCUGCGUUUAUUUCCAUCUCUCUGUGGCUUCUUCCUCAUUCUCCUCCACAUUCUCACCAUCAUCGGCGCCGUCUCCGGCAGUGCCGUCGCCACAUCUGGGUCCAGCAAAUGGUAUGCAGCUCACAUGGUGACUAUUUCACUCACUGCAAUAUUUCAAGGGUCAGUAUCGGUGUUGAUCUUCACACAGACUGGAGAUUUCUUGGGGUACUUGAAAUCUUAUGUUAGGGAAGAAGAUGGAGCUGUGAUAUUGAAGCUGGCUGGUGGGCUUUGUGUGUUGAUAUUUUGCUUGGAAUGGGUUGUUUUGACUCUGGCAUUUUUGCUCAGAUACUACGCUUUUGUGGAAGGAAGUGGCGGUGCUGGUGGUGGUUCUUUGGCCGCCGGUGGGAAAUAUCAAGAAGAGGAGAUGAAGAACUGGCCUUGGCCAUUCCAAGUUUAGAUAAUUAUUAUUAUUUUUUAAUUGGGUAUGUUUUUGUUAAUUGCAUUAUUUAAUUCAAUGGCUUGAAUUGUGAAUUCUUUAUUCGGAAAAUGAGUGGUACUUGUUGAAGUGGACCACAAUCAUUUGGCGCUGUGUGCGUGGUUGCAGUCUUGCUGGGAAUGAAUUGGGACGCUAUUCCGUCCGGUGUUUUUCUUUC